AUGCAAUCAUCUAAUCCCCAGAUAAUAUAUGCAGUCGUUGCAAGAGGCUCGAAUUUAUUUUUGUCAGAAUAUUCAAUACUUAAAGGGAACUAUAUAGAUUUUUCCAAAACAAUUCUAUCAAAAGUUAACCAAUAAAAUGCAAAGAAAUCAUUCAACUAUGAAUAAUAUGAGUUCCACAUUUUAGUAGAAGAUGGGUUUUCCUUUUUGAUUAUGGCAGAUAGAGGAUUGAAGAUGAGAAUUGCAUUUGCCUGUUUGGAGGACAUGAAAUAAAAAUUCUUUUAAAUGUUUACGCCAUAAUAAAGGGAUAAAGCUAUGUCGUAUGGAUUAAAUUCAUAAUUCUCUAUCGAAUAAAAGAACUAAAUUUAAUAUUAUAAUUCUCCCUAGGCAGAUAAAUUAAGGAUGGUAUCCGAUAACAUUUAGUAAACCAAAGACGUAAUGAUGGAAAAUCUAGAUAAAUUACUGGAAAGAGGAGAUAAAAUAGAAAUUUUGGUGGUUAAAACUGAUUAAAUGGCUAUGCUUUCAACAACGAUGAGAACAAAUGCAACAACUCUGAGAAGAUAAAUGUGGUGGAGAAACAAAAAGAUGAUGCUCAUUAUGAUACUUGUGGGAUUAUUGGCUAUAUACUUUAUUAUGGUUAUCGCAUGUGGAGGGUUUGCUAUGCAUAGGUGCUUUGGUAGUAACGACUGA